GCGAGGUAGUGGUUUCCCAGAAAAGGGGAAAAGAAGGAAGGGAAGGGUGAGAGGCAGAGAGAGAGAGCAAAGCAAACUCCGUAUUAUUUAUUAUAUACGUAUCCCACCCAAAAUUAAGUUGGCUGCGGCCGGCACAUAUACAUACAUACAUACUCCGUAUAAAAUUAAGAAUUGAUGCACGGAGGGGGAAUAGGGGAAAUAUAAAGGGCGGGCGGAGGUGAGCAGAAACAGAGUAGGUGGGGAAAUGGCAAAAACCACAUCAAAAAGGGACAAUAGCAGUGGCAGCGCCGGCGCCGGCGUUGCUAAUAAAGUGAAACGAACGCGGAAAUGCGCACCCAGAGAGUCUCCUCCGCAGCGCAGCUCCGCUUAUAGAGGUGUCACCAGGCACCGGUGGACCGGGCGAUAUGAAGCUCAUUUAUGGGAUAAGAACUGCUGGAAUGAAGCACAGAGUAAGAAAGGAAGACAAGUAUAUUUAGGUAUGUACUAUACCACUGGCCUAGCUAUAUAUACCUUCAUUAAUUUUAUUUUAUUCUAUACAUUUGAUAUUUUAUUACUGAGUUUUCGAAUAUACUCCCUCCGUCCCAUUGGACUUUGCCAACUUCCCAUUUUUUUCCCAAAAAAUUUUGUCACUUUCCUAUUAAAACAAUUAAUUUGUGUUUCUGCACAUUUCUCUCCCCUCUUCACAAAUCUUAACCACACAUUUUUUACUGUUCUUAUUUCUCACCUACUUUGCACUUGACAAAGUCCACCGGGACGGAGGUAGUAUGUACACAUACAUACAUUAAUACGCACACAUAUAUACUUCGUACGUAUGUGAUAUGUAUAUAAAUCAAUUUUACUUAUAUUAAUGAUCUCUCUAUAUAGAUAUAUAUAAAUCUUUUUAAAUUUGUUAAUAAAAUCAAAGAUGGUGGGCGGUAAUAUAAUUGGGCUUAUGCAGGCGCGUAUGACGAAGAAGCAGCAGCAGCACAUGCAUAUGACUUGGCAGCAUUGAAGUAUUGGGGACAACAUACCAUUCUUAAUUUCCCUCUUGAUGCUUAUGAGAAGGAGAUACAGGAGAUGGAAGGCCAGUCCAAAGAAGAGUAUAUUGGUUCUUUGAGAAGAAAGAGCAGUGGAUUUUCCAGAGGUGUUUCAAAAUAUCGUGGUGUAGCAAGGCACCAUCACAACGGACGAUGGGAAGCUCGCAUUGGAAGGGUCUUUGGCAAUAAAUAUUUAUAUCUUGGAACUUAUGCUACUCAAGAGGAAGCAGCGACGGCUUAUGACAUGGCAGCCAUAGAGUACCGCGGGCUUAACGCUGUGACCAACUUUGACCUCAGCCGUUACAUCAACUGCCUACCCCCGGACCAAAACUCCCACCCUCGCAGUGACGGCGUAAGUCAAGACGAUGGGCCGCUGACCAGCCAAAAAGUAGGGUUGAUCGGCUUCCUCCACCAACAAAGCUCCCCGGAGACUGCCUCUCCCCCGCCGCCUGAUCAGAAUUGUCCGACAACGCCACCACCACAAAGGCGGAGCUUCCCGGACGACAUACAAACAUAUUUUGACUGCCACGAAUUGAGCGGCUUCGCCGAGGAACACGACAUCAUUUUUGGCGACCUAAACACGUUUGAAUCGUCUAUUUUCCAAUGUGUACUUGAUGAGUAGCAGACAUGAUACUUGCAUGCAUGCACGCACG